AAAGGAGCAGGUGAGCUGGUUGGCCCUGCUGAGGGAAAUUCGCGAGCCGCUCGGGACCCUGGGCCUGGUUCCCUGCCCUCGGAAGACGACUGGCCACGGAGUCGUCGGCCGGGUGGGGGAGGAAGGACGGAGCCAGGGACCCGGGACUCACUCCACUUUGCAAGGAGCGGACGCCAACAGUAAGGCAGCUACUUCAUCUGAUGCUUCACCAGACACUGGAAUUCGUUCCAGCCCUGGAGGAAGCCCUGGCUACACUGUACUUACUGGAAGAUGGCACCAUGAGUGCAUUCUGAGCCCCAGGACGGUGGGAAUUAGCCAGUGGAUUGCAGGCAUGUUGUGGAAGUUGCUGAUGAGAUCCCAGCCUUGCAAGCUGUGUUCUUUCAGGGAGAUGCUCUCAGCUCCCAGAUAUAAGCCUUUUUUAUCACGCUUCCCUUAUACAACUGAUAAUCAGUCAAACAAAGAAAACCAAAGAACGGUGGAAAAGCUCUAUAAAUUUUCAGUUGACAUCAGGAAAAUUCGCAGAUUAAAAGGUUGGGUACUUUUGGAGGACGAAACCUAUGUUGAAGAAAUUGCAGAUAUUUUACGACAAGUAGGUGCCGAUGAGACUGCUGUAGCCAAUAUUUUGGAACGCUGCCCAGAAGCAAUUGUCUGCAGUCCAGCCGCUGUUGACACCCAGAGGGAACUCUGGCAAUCGGUCUGUAAAAGCAAGGAAGAGUUAGUCAAGUUAAUAGAACAGUUUCCCGAAUCUUUCUUUACUGUUAAACACCAGGAAAACCAGAAGCUGAACAUUCAGUUCUUUCAAGAAUUGGGACUCAAAAAUGUGGUCAUUAGCAGAUUUUUGACAACUGCUUCUAGUAUUUUUCGUAAUCCUACUGAGAAGAAUAAGGAAAUGAUAAGGAUUCUCCAAGAGAGUUAUCUAAAUUUAGGUGGCUCCGAGGCCAACAUGAAAGUUUGGCUGCUAAAAUUAUUAAGCCAAAACCCAUUUAUUUUGUUAAAUUCUCCUACAGCUAUAAAGGAGACACUAGAAUUUCUUCAGGAGCAAGGUUUCACAAAUUUUGAAAUUCUCCAACUUCUAUCCAAACUCAAAGGGUUUCUUUUUCAGCUUUGCCCAAGAAGUAUACAGAACAGUAUUUCCUUCUCCAAAAAGGCUUUUAAAUGUACAGAUCAUGACCUGAAACAAUUAAUUUUGAAAUGUCCUGCCCUUUUGUAUUAUUCUGGUCCCGUUUUGGAAGAGAGAAUUCAGGGAUUAUUAAAAGAAGGAAUCUCUAUAACUCAGAUAAGAGAGACACCAAUGGUUCUUGAAUUAACACCACAGAUAGUACAGUACAGAGUAAGGAAGCUGAGUUCCUUAGGCUACAGAAUAAAGGAUGGACAUCUAGCAAAUCUAAGUGGAACAAAAAAAGAGUUUGAGGCUAACUUUGGUAAAAUUCAGGCCAAAAAAGGAAGGCCAUUAUUUAACCCUGUGGCACCAUUAAAUGUUGAAGAGUAAGUUGCUGACCAAUGCUCCUGGUGGUAAGAGAGAAACUGAGUAGCAGAGACUUAAAUGAUUCCGGCAGUUUGUAGGCACUUGGAAUUUUAGGAACCUACUUAGCUUCUGAGUUAUGUGUAAAUUGACUCUAAGUAAAAAAUCUCCCAACUUAUUGGCUAUAUUUUAAGGUGUAAAUUGCAUUUAUUUUAAAUAAAGUUGGUAAUUUUGACCUUC